GCUCGCCUCAUCGGUCCAUCGUCUUCUUCCUCUGCUCUAUCAGACUAUCACCAGCAACGCUUCUGCUCCAUCGUAAGUGCGCUGCCGGUGCAUCGCGUGCUCAGUGAGGGCAUCAACAACAAGCUAAUACAUCGAACAUACUUCGGAGAGACGAGCGAACUACCUUGCUUCCUAGCUAGCGAGCCGGCCCGCAGUGACCAUGGACGUGAAGGUGGUGAGCUCCAAGAUCGUCAAGCCGCGGUACGCCGAGGGCGCGCCGCGGCCGGACACCACGGAGCACGUGCCGUCCUCGGUGUUCGACAAGAUCACGUACCACAUCCAGAUGGCCAUCAUCUACGCCUUCCAGGCGCCGGCGCCCUCCACGGAAGACAUCGAGCGCGGCCUCGCCCAAGUGCUGUCCGUGUACCGCCUGUUCGCCGGUCAGGUCCGCGCAGGCCCGGACGGUGCACCGGGUGUGCUGCUCAACGACCACGGCGCGCGGCUCGUCGAGGCGCAUGUUGACGGGGCCACACUGGUCGAGUUCGCGCCGCCAAAGCCGUCGCCCGUCGUGCUGCAGCUGCACCCGGACCUCGAGGGCGACGUGCAAGAGGUGGUGCAGGUCCAGCUCACGCGGUUCGCGUGCGGUUCGCUCGCCGUCGGGUUCACGGCCAACCACGCCGUCGCCGACGGCCACGCCACCAGCGACUUCCUCGUCGCGUGGGGUCGCGCCGCGCGAGGGCUGGACAUCUCCGGCCCGUCGCUGACGCCGCCGCCGCACAACCACCCCGACCUCUUCCGGCCGCGUGACCCGCCAGUCGUGAACUUCGAGCACCGCGGCGUCGAGUACUACCGGCCUUCGUCCAGCGGCCCCAAGCAGGGCGAGGGCGGGCACCACGGCGCCGACAACGUGAUCAUACACAAGGCGCACUUCACCAAGGACUUCAUCGCCGGGCUGCGCGCCAAGGCAUCAGAGGGGCGCGGCCGGCCGUUCAGCCGGUUCGAGACCACGCUCGCGCACCUGUGGCGUACCAUGACGCGCGCGCGUGGGCUCAGCCCCGACGAGACCUCCACCAUCCGCAUCUCCGUAGACGGGCGGCGGCGCCUUUCCGCCCCGCCGGGCUACUUCGGCAACCUGGUCCUCUGGGCGUUCCCGCGCACUACGGUGGGGGACCUGCUUAGCCGGCCGCUGAAGCACGCGGCGCAGACGAUCCACGACGCGGUGGCCCGCCUCGACGGCGCAUACUUCCAGUCGCUGGUGGACUUUGCGAGCUCCGGCGCCGUGGAGCGGGAGGGGCUGGAGAAGACGGCGGUGCUGAAGGACGUGCUGUGCCCGGACAUGGAGGUGGACAGCUGGUUGACGUUCCCGUUCUACGAGCUGGACUUCGGCGCCGGCAGCCCGAGCUACUUCAUGCCGUCCUACUUCCCAACGGAGGGGAUGCUCUUCCUGGUGCCGUCCUACCUCGGCGACGGCAGCGUCGACGCCUUCGUCCCCGUCUUCCAGCACAACCUCGAGGCCUUCAAGCAGUGCUGCUACGCCAUGGACUAAAGAUGAACUAUUUAAGCUAUAUGAUUAUCGAGUAAUUAGAACCGGCGAGGCGGCGAUGAUAUACGAGUAUAUCGCUUACAUUUGCGUGCAUGCAUGCAAAGUACUGGCUCCGUUCCUAAAUGAAAUAUAAGUCUUUUUUAGGGAUUACACUAAGAGACUACAUAUGAAACAAAAUGAAUAAAUCUAUGCUCUAAAGUUUGUCUACAUAAUCAGUAUGUAAUUUUAUAGUGAACAUUUAAAUAGGCUUAUAUUUAGGAAUGAAACGAGUAUACUAGUAGUGGUACUUUAUAGCACAGAGUAGUAUUCUUCAUCUCGGUGUACCGCUUGUAUCCCUACAUCUACAUGCAUGUAAUGGUGUAUAUUUUUUGCUUCGUUUU